CCCCACCUUUGCAAACCACCCCAAAAUAUCUCUCUCCCUACCACACAGCAGCAGCGGCAAUCUCGAGGAUCGAGCGGCUCGUAUGACGGGCUGACGGCUAUGGCUAUGGCUUUGGCUAUUUCUCCAACCUUUGGUUGCAGGCCAUCAAACGGUUCAAAGAUCGUCAAAUCGUGCUCCAACAUUAGUAGUGAUAGCAAAACUUACACAUCCCAAAUCGGAACGGAGAAGCGAUGCUUGAGGUGCAACAACCUCUACACAGACGAGGAUAACUCCCCUACUGCUUGCUCCUUCCAUGGCCACAGUACUGGAGAGAAGGGACUAUUUGCAUUGGCUCCACCACACCAAGGAAUUGAUGGAGAGUGGAGUGACAGGUCUGGAGUAAUUGUGUAUAGAUGGAAUGAGAAGAACAAGAGACCAAACACUGGAAGUGGGAAUUGGAAGAAAAGAUGGAGCUGUUGUCAAGAGUAUGAUCAGGAUGCCACACCCUGUCAAAGAGGAUGGCAUGUUUCCUAUGAUGAUGGCUUCACUCUAUAUUAGCAAUCUAGCAGUGGCCUUAAAUUAAUGACAUCAUCCACCCUUUUCACUGAGCAAUAUGAUAUAGAGUAUGUCCAUGGUGCCUUUGUCGUGUAAGAUUAUAUAUAUAUAUAUAUAUAUAUAUAUAUAUAUAUAAAUAUAUAGUAUAUCCUUUCAAAUUUCGACAAUCGGAGUCACCCCGCUCUAAUACCAGCUAUACCUAAGACUGUAUGAACUUUGAAUGUAUUCCACAUUGUAAAUGACAAAUUGAGAGCUUUUUAUGCCAAGUUAUUUUGGGU